AUGUUUGAUCAUGUGAACAACUCUUCUCAAAACGCUCGGUGCACUCAAGGACACUUGUUGACUCAGCGAUACAUCCCGACCGAUCUCUACUCCGCAGAGAAGCUAGAGCAAUGGUUCGUUUCCUACUGCGUGCCGCUGAAAGGCCAAAGCGACUCGUACUUCGUCCACCUUGACACGUUGUUCAAGAGCGUCCAUCGUGGUUAUAUCAGUGUGAACAUGGAGAAGACGAGCCACCAGCCGAUACACUAUAGAGCUGUGGCCAAGGUGAUAGUUGACCGCGCCACUUCCUCGGGACAUGUCUCGCAUGACGCACCAGGAGGGCUACUCCAGAAACCUAACGCUGGCUAUGAGCAGAAGCUUCGAGACACCCUGCCGUUGUCGAACGGACUGGGCUUUACCCUGGGAAUGGCACAAUGCCAAACAUCAUCGCCAGAGCCUGACAAGGGCAAAGGCAGGGCAGUCUAG